AUGUCCACCGAUCCCUCAAAAUGGAAGCUUAACCACACGAUGCUGCGGGUGAAAGACCCGCAGCGCUCCCUCGAUUUCUACAAAUUCCUCGGUCUCACCCAGAUCAACAAGAUUCCACAACCCGAAGCGAAAUUCGACCUCUACUUCCUUGCCUACAAUGGCCCCUCUUCAAGAUCACCCAACCACCACUGGACAGAUCGAGAAGGCGUCCUCGAGCUGACGCACAACUACGGCACAGAGGACGAUCCGGAAUUCAAGGUUGCGAAUGGGAAUGAGGAGCCGGGCAAAGGGUUCGGACAUAUCGCCAUCAGUGUGGAUAACAUCCAAGCUGCUUGUCAGAGGUUAGAGGAUGCCGGCUACCCGUUUCAGAAGAAGUUGUCCGAGGGGAAGAUGAGGAGUAUUGCAUUUGCGAAGGAUCCGGAUGGCUACUGGGUUGAGAUCAUUUCGCAAAAGCCAUUGGAGGAGACGGAGGGGGUCAAGGAAACGGACACUCAAUCAUACAGAUUCAACCACAGUAUGAUUAGGGUCAAGGAUGCAGAAGUCAGCCUGAAUUUCUACCAAGAAGUGAUGGGAAUGACCUUGAUGCGGACCUCGGAGAAGAAAAACUCGAACUUCAACUUGUAUUUCCUUGGUUAUGGCCCAAAGCCGAAAGAAGAGGACAGCGCCAAUGGCGUCAACCCCGUUGCCGGACACGAAGGCCUCCUAGAGUUGACGUGGAAUUAUGGCACCGAGAAGCAAGAAGGGAAGGUAUAUCAUGAUGGGAAUUCCGAGCCGCAAGGAUUCGGCCACAUUUGCGUAGCGGUAGAUGACUUGAAUGCGGCCUGUCAGUAUCUGGAGGACAAGAAGGUUAGCUGGAAGAAGAGGCUGACUGAUGGGCGGAUGAAGACGGUUGCCUUCGUGCUUGAUCCGGAUGGAUAUUGGAUUGAGGUCAUACAGAAUGAGAAGAUGAAAAGGUCAGCGAAUUGGUAG